AUGAAACUUGAGUUGUGUAACUGGGCAAUAUGGCAAUCAAUCUGGCCAAUUGAGCGCAAAGGAUUAUUAUUUGUGCGUUCUGAUGUGGGCUGGGAGGAAAAUAAUGUCGAAAUACGUGGCAAUGCACUGUUCAUCUACCCACAAUAUGAUACACAAUGUGUAAUAGGAAGGGGGUAUCUUUUAGAGUACGCACAAUCGCAAUUACAAAUAUUCACUCCACAAAAUUCGCAUAAAUUGCCUUCAAUUGCUGGGCUGGCCAAUAACAUGGACGGGAGACUCUUGUCCAUCAAAAUACCUAAUGUGAUGGACGACAUACAAUUUUAUAUACCUGAUGGUGGAUCUGCCGAAUUGUGGAAGGAAUGCAUCGAUAAAGCAAGUGUUACCAACCUAAAGCAACUAAUCACUCAGCAAGAACUCAUGUAUCGCGAUGAAAUUAAACUUCUUAAGGAGGAAAUUAAGGAAUGUCGUUUGAUGAAGGAUGAAAGUUUAUAUGAGCUUUGUGCUGCUGAACAGGAAAGGGAUAAAUUAAAAUAUGAUAAGGAGAAAUUGGAAUCGGAAUCCUUCAUUGCAAAAACAUCCACAACUAUAAUCCAUGGAAUGCAGGUUGAACUGGCAAGAUCGCUAAGUGAACGAGUGAAGGAGCUAAAAAAGGCUUUGGAUAAAUCUCUUGACGACAUGCGGGCAAAGGACAGAGAAAUAAGAUACCUGCAGGAUGAAUUGAAUGAAUGUAAAUCGUGCAAUAUAUCACUAACAGAUAAAUUGGACAGUACAAGUGCAAAGCUCAACAAUCUUGUGAUAAGCUUACACGAGGCAUCCUCUGAACCAGAUAACAACGUUGCUUGCCUAGCACUUACAAUUAAAAAAAAUCAUGAAUUGGAAAUGGCUAACAGGAAAUUGAAUGGUGAAGUCUCUAAAAUGGCCACAAGAUUCUACGACAUUAGAGACACAAUUCUCAGCCAUUUUAAUGAAUGUCUUGAUUCCAUCAGCUUCGAGGAAGCGUUCCAACUUAUGAAGUCUUGGAUUGUAUGUUCUGAGUUAAAAAUCGCUUACUAUGAUAGUUUAAUUGCGGGGACUCCGGAUAAGUCGUUACAAGAGAGGCUAGACAAUGCACAAAAGGAGUUUGUGGAAGCUGAACUAAGGGCUAGAGCUUAUUAUGUGAUCCAUAGGUCUAGGCUGUUGAAUGUUAUCAUAGAGGCUAGAAACGACCAGCCACUACUGGAAGUUACUAAAGUUAGCAAGAAAUUGCUCACCAGACUUGCAUGGCUAUUGGGUGAGGAUGGAGAAGGGGAAGAAUUCACUAGGAAGUCCAUUGAACCCCCAAUACGAAUUAUGUAUUCUGCGGAGAAAGAAUUACAUAGGAAGACUAUGGAGAUUAAGAAAUUAGAGGCGGAGAAUAAUUCGUUGAGAGUGGAAGUUAGGCGAUUGGCCUCUCUAGUAGGUGGGCAGGUGCAUUGGGAGAACAUUUCUAGGGCGAACAAAUUGGGCGCGGCAAAUUAG